UUCCGGCCCAGAGAGAGGGAGAGAGAAGGGCCCUCGCCUUAGAGCGGGCUUCUCCGAGGCUUCAGGGCAGGAAGGGCAUGGGCACACUUGGGCCCUGAAGGCGGGCGAGUGGGUGCUAGCCUUCCCUGUGGCCGCCGCCAUGUUCUGGCUUUGACGCAGCCGCCCUCGAGGGGGAGAGAGGGAGGCGGAGCAGAAGCUCCGGGAAGCAGCUCGGAGGAGGGAGGGUGGCAGCCAAGCAGGGGCUGACUGACUGACGGGCGGGCAGGCGACGCAACAGAUUGCAGAUGGCUGACAGCUAGCAAGAAACACUCAGGAUCAUGAUGGCACAGAUUCUUACAGGCAUAAAUGGAGGCCCAAACAUGUGGGCAAUCACUUCUGAAGAAAGAAUGAAAUAUGACAAGCAGUUUGACAGCCUUAAACCAAUUGGGGGUUAUGUUACAGGUGAUCAAGCUCGUAUGUUUUUCCUGCAGUCAGGCUUACCAUCUACAAUCUUGGCUGAAAUAUGGGCUCUCUCCGAUCUGAACAAAGAUGGGAAAAUGGAUAAACAGGAAUUUUCCAUAGCCAUGAAACUCAUCAAAUUAAAACUACAAGGCCAGCCUUUGCCUGUGGUCCUCCCUCCAGUCAUGAAGCAGUCACCAGUAUUCUCUCCCUUGAUUUCUGCUCGUUUUGGGAUGGGAAGCAUGCCGAACCUGUCUGUUCCAACAUCUGUUCCAACAAUCACACCAUUAGCUCCCAUGUCAUCUUUUGCUUCUGUAACUUCCAUCCCACCCUUGGUCAUUUCUGCUCCCCUUCUGCCUUCUGUCAGCACAUCAUCAUUGCCAAAUGGGACAUCCAGCCUCCUUCAGCCAUUACCCAUGUCGUACUCUUCAACUUUGCCUCAUUCCAGUUCAUAUAGUCCCAUGAUGGGGGGAUUUGGUGGUGCCAAUAUUCAGAAGACACAGUCCUUAAUCGAUUUAGGAUCCAGUAGUUCAAAUUCUUCUUCAACUACCUCACUCACUGGGAAUUCACCAAAGACUGGAUCUUCAGAUUGGGCAGUUCCUCAGGCUUCCAGGCUAAAAUACAGACAAAAAUUUAAUAGCCUUGAUAAAGGAAUGAGCGGAUAUUUGUCAGGAUUCCAGGCAAAAAAUGCCCUUCUGCAAUCAAACCUAUCCCAGACCCAGUUAGCUACUAUUUGGUCACUUGCUGACAUUGAUGGUAAUGGGCAGCUGAAAGCUGAAGAGUUCAUAUUAGCCAUGCACCUAACUGAUGUGGCCAAAGCUGGGCAACCUCUCCCAUUAACUCUCCCUCCUGAAUUAGUGCCACCUUCUUUGAGAAGUGAAAAAAGUGUUGAAAAAAUUAAUUGUGUUCUGCCAACAUACCAGAGAAUUCAAGAAGAAGAACCUCCCCAAAAAGCUCCAGCUACAUUUGAGGAUAAAAGAAAAGCAAACUAUGAGAGAGGGAACAUGGAGCUUGAAAAACGACGGCAAGUACUUCUGGAGCAGCAGCAACGAGAGUUGGAACGUAAAGCUCAGAAGGAAAGAGAAGAGAGGGAGCGGAGGGAGAGGGAGCAGCAGGAGCAGGAGCGGAAAAAGCAACUAGAACUGGAAAGGCACUUGGAAAAACAACGUGAGCUGGAAAGGCAAAGGGAAGAAGAAAGAAGGAAAGAAAUUGAAAGACGGGAGGCAGCAAAGCAGGAACUUGAACGCCAGCGGCGUCUGGAAUGGGAAAGGAUUCGGCGUCAAGAUCUUCUUAAUCAACGUAACAGAGAACAAGAAGAAAUUGUCAAGCUGGCCUCAAAGAAGAAAAGUCUUAAUCUUGAUUUAGAUGCAUUGAAUGAUAAACACCAGCAGAUCUCUGGGAGACUGAAAGAUGUACGAAUCAGAAAGCAAAACCAUAAAAAUGAACUUGAUCUUUUGGAUAAGAAAUGUGAUUUAGGAAUUAUUGAAAUCAAAGAACUACAGCAACAGCUUCAGGAAUAUCAGAACAAGUUGAUCCUCCUUAUUCCUGAAAAACAGCAGCUAAAUGAGAAAUUGAAUCACAUGCAACUUGACAACUCUUCUAGAACAGAUCUUAACUCACUGCACAAGAAGUCUUCAGAGAAAGAAGAAUUAUGCCAAAGACUUAGGGAGCAACUAGAUGCCCUAGAAAAAGAAACAGCUUCCAAGCUCUCUGAAAUGGAUACUUUUAAUAGCCAGCUCAAGUGUGAGACAAUGGAUGCUUCUGUUCUUCAGUGCCUUUUGUGUCUGCUAAGCUGUCUCAACAACCUCUUCCUCUUACUUAAGGAGCUGAGAGAAACCUAUAACACACAGCAGUUAGCCUUUGAGCAGCUUCACAGGAUCAAACAAGAUAAAAUCCAAGAGUUAGAAAGAAAGAAAAAUGAACUUGCACGGAAAAGAAGAAUAGAGGAUGAGGCUGCACGAAAAGCAAAACGGGAAAAGGAGAACUUGUGGCAGGAGACUAUCCGGAAAGAAGAAGAAGAAAAAAGAAAGCGAUUACAGGAAGAGCGCAUUCAAGAAAAACUCCAGGAGGAAAAACAAAAAGCUGAGGAUGCAACUGCCCAACACCGAGAGGUCCAGCAGCAAAAACUGGCAGAGGAGAAAUCUGAAGUGGGAAGAAGGAACAAAGAAGCAGAAAUUCUGAGAGAUUCUGAACAGCAAAGGCAGAAACAAAAAGAAGAAAAAAGAAGACAGGAAAAGAUUGCGAAAGAAGUUGAGGAAAGGCAUAAGCACUUUGAUGAAGAGAAGAAAAGAAAAGAUUCAGCCAAUUUACGAGAGUCAGAAAAGGCUAUUUCUCAGUCAAACUUACUUGAAAAAAAUACAGACAUCUUCACAGAGACUAAGAAUCAAUUGCUUAAAUCCCCAUUUAAGCAUGAAGGUCUUCCUGUCCGUAUCUCUGAAUCUGGGAAAUUGGGUGACUUUGUGAAUUACAGAGCAUUAUAUCAAUUUGAAGCAAGGAAUCAUGAUGAGAUUAGUUUCAAUUCUGGAGAUAUAAUUCAGGUUACUGAGAAAACUGAAGGAGAACCUGGUUGGUUAUAUGGGAGCUUCCAGGAGCGUUUUGGCUGGUUUCCCAGUAAUUAUGUAGAAAAAGUAUCUGAAAAAGGAAAAAACGUUUCACCUGCUAAAAAAGCUUUACUUCCUCCAGCAGUAUCUUUACCUGCUGCCUCAGUUCGUGUAGCAUCUACUUCACCAAGUAAGCCAACUGAAGAAAUUGAUUAUCAAAAUGUACCUUUCUCAAGUUUAAAUGUUAACACAUGGCAGAAAAAAUCUGCCUUUACUCGUACAGCUUCCCCAGGAUCUGUUUCUCCCAUCCAUGGACAGGGCCAAGUUGUAGAAAACGUAAAAGCGCAAGCGCUUUGUUCCUGGACUGCAAAGAAAGAUAACCACUUGAAUUUUUCAAAAAAUGACAUUAUAACAGUAUUGGAGCAACAAGAAAAUUGGUGGUUUGGAGAAGUAAAUGAAGGAAGAGGAUGGUUUCCCAAAUCCUAUGUAAAGAUCUUGCCUGGAAACGAAUCCCAAAGGGAGGAGCCAGAAGCUGUUUAUGCAGCUAUAAAUAAGAAAUUUACAAAACCAUUGUAUACUUUAGGAGAAGAGUAUAUAGCACUGUAUUCUUACACAAGUUCUGAACCAGGUGAUUUAACAUUCGUUGAAGGUGAAGAAAUUUUAGUCCUUCAGAAAGAUGGAGAAUGGUGGACUGGAAGCAUUGGUGAUAGAACUGGGAUCUUUCCUUCAAACUAUGUCAAACCAAAGGAUCAGGAUAUUUCUUCUGCUGCUGCUAGCAAAGCAGGAACAUUAAAUAGAAAACCAGAAAUUGCUCAGGUUACUACAGCCUAUACUGCAUCAGGAGCAGAGCAGCUGAGCCUUGCCCCUGGACAGCUGAUACUAAUUUUGAAAAAAAACUCUAGUGGAUGGUGGCAAGGAGAAUUGCAGGCUAGAGGGAAAAAAAGACAAAAAGGAUGGUUUCCUGCUACCCACGUGAAACUUUUAGGUCCAAGCAGUGAAAAGACUCCUCCUGCUGCUCUCCCAGUCUGUCAAGUGAUAGCAAUGUAUGACUACUUGGCAAACAAUGAAGAUGAGCUCAGCUUCUCCAAGGGACAGCUUAUUAAUGUACUGAACAAAGAUGAUCUGGAUUGGUGGCAAGGAGAAAUCAAUGGCAUUUCCGGCCUCUUUCCUUCCAAUUACGUGAAGAUGACCACAGACUCUGAUCCAAGCCAGCAGUGAUCCAAUGUUGUCUUCCUGGGUGAAAGCACCUCAGAGACCCACUACCCAAGUUUGACUAUAACAUGGAGGCAGGGUGGACAGCCUGUUCAGACCUCUCUGAAAAAAAUCAUUGGCUUCGCUUCAAUAUUUAAUCCACUCAAGACAUCAAAUUUGGUUUUCUGCUGUACAUUUACAGUCAAUUUCUGCAAACUGCUUAGUGGGUCUUUGUGUGGCUUUCUGCACUUUCCAUUACGGUUUCUUCUAUUCCCUUUAUUUAGGAACAGUGAUGAAUGAUUAGUGUCCUUGUCAAGUUAUCUCUUGACAUGGUGCAACUGUAGACACACAAAGACCUACUAUUGGUACUUUUUACAUGGACAGUUCUGUUCUUAUGAUGUUGCACCAUAUGUUUCUUUUGCUGAUUUAUAUUUGAUACAUUUAUCUCUCACAAUGCACUUCAUUUAUGAUUAUGACCACAGUGGCAGUACCGGGGUGGGGGGGAGGUGGGCAGAGGUAAAAUGAAAUCCUAUGUGCUUUUUAUGCACUUUAUACUGCCACUGUGUCUUUUGAGUUUUAGAUCGUAGAAACUUGUACAGAUAUGCUUUAAAAUGGAACAUAAUGACAGAACAGAUGUAAGCCAAAUCUGGUUUUGUGGCAAACUUUUUGUGGUCCUAUUUAAGAGUCUUGAUCAAGACUGUGCAUAGAAAGGUCUGGAAGUUCCUUACACCUUGCUGUCCAUCUUUCAGAUUGUGACAGUGUGAUCCCUUCCUCCUCUAAUGCCCAGCCCCUUCCCAUGAGCCCUGAGCCUUCAGAAGGGGAGGCCUGGCCCACUCGCAGAAAGCAGUGUCUAGGCCACACAUUGUGCUCUCAGCAAAGCAUUUUGUUCAGCCUCUUGCGUCACAUACAAUCCCAGGCAUGAUGGUUUUCAGUGACAUUUUCAUAGGGCUUUAUCUUAUACCAAGUGUGUAUAGAACCGCAAUUUAAUAAUCCUAUACAGUUCUAUACAUGUUACUCGGUGGUAAAUCCCACUGUGUUUCUUGGUACUUAUUUGCUAGUAUUUGAGAUUGUCACCUAAAUAAGAUGGACGUACAUGUAUUUGAAUGGAUUGCCUUUAUCUAAUGGAUUGCUAGGAAGAUUACUUUGUGCAAUACAGAGUGAUUAUGUGCCUACAUCAUGCUAAGAAUGAAGUUUUAAUCUUCUUUGUAUUGUACUGUGAUCAUUUCUCACAGAAUAAUGUAUGACCAGUAUUGGUGAUAGCAAAUAGCUCAACCUUCACCUGACAGUUUCCCCUUUUUUGUACACAAUAGGACUUUUAGCUGAUGCCACGAUGCUACAUCAGUACAAAAACUAAGCAUACUGGUCUGUUGUCAUUGAUUACCAUUGUGAUGUAGCAUCUUAACAAAGAAAUAGCUGGCAAUCAAAUAUUUGGGACAGUAAUGUGGAAACAGAGCAUUACAUGAGUGAAUUGCACCUAAUUCAGAACUAAAUUUAUCCCCUUAUCGGAGUGUAAGCAAUAUAUUUUUGGUAUCCCAAUAACCAGAAAAAGUUUACCUGAUUUGUUUUGGUUUAUUGGUUUAUUGACCUGGAUUUGUCACAACAUAUUUUCAUUAUAACACAAUAAAAAUUAACAUAAUUGCAUCCUUUUUCAGUGACCCUUUUAGUGCAUUAUUCUCUGAAAAAUGUUGGAUGGAAAACAAAAUUUUAAAGAUUUCAUCUGAAAAGCUAAUAUAUGCCCUCAGUGGCAAAUCACAUUGUUGGUAUUAAACAAGAGCUUCAGUGUGGUGAGCAAAGUAAGUUUUAGAUAUGACAUGUAAACCAGUCCCAUACUAACCUAGGUUUGGACAACUGUAAAACUCAUAUAGUACAAGUGCUGGAAGUAAGAAUGUUAUUAACAAAAGAUCCUUACCUUUUGUUAGUACCAUGGCAUCAGUAUUGCUUUGCCAUUUAAAAAAAAACACAUCUGGGUCCCACACCAUUUAUUUUUGUGUUUUAAAAUAUUUCACAAAUAAAAUCUGAAAUAGGUCACAAAAUGAUUAGGCAUUAGAUAACACUAUGUAACAACAUUUGAAAAGUUUUCUGUUCCUGGUUUGAAAAUGUUAUUUCCUGUUCAAUUGUGCAGUAUUUACUUUGAAAGUAGUUGUUACACUCCAGAAACUCUGUUUUUAGCUGCCACAAACUAUGUUGAAUUGGUUGAGACUCUAUGAGAUAUUCAUUGAGAAUCGAUAGCAAAAUGUGCUGCAGGAUGUCCAGCAAAAACAAAGUUUUUACAGUUUAAUAAUCUUUUUUCAUGUUUUUAAUGAUAGAACCAAUUAGGAAAUGACAUAACGCAGGAACAAAAAUUGUGUUACACAGUGUAAUGGAUCGUUUAUUCAGAAAUGGUUGCAUAAGCCCUUCCCCCUGCCAAGCCCCAAAUUGCCCCUAUGGCACACAUCCCAAGCAGUUCUGCAAGCCCCAAAAGUUGUUUCCUUUGUGGCAUGAAUGUCUGCUUGUUCAAAACAAGAAGCCAAAAGUAUAUGAACCCAAAACUUUGGGUGUGCAUAUGUUUUCUCUCUGAAUUGUGGUUUUUAGCUUUAAAUAUGAAUGGCUUUGUUCUUGCACUUUUUUGUGUGUGGUUAAGACUCAUUUUCAUGCAAGUACAGAGAAUUACAGUAUAUAAUUGGGGCAAUGUAAUACAGUUGUUUGGGGGGGGGGGUUGUUCCCCAUUCCAGAAUUAGGAUUAUUUUUCUAGAUGUAUGGGGAAUGAUAGUCAUGAGACUCCCAUAAGAGUAGGGGGAAAUUAGGAAUGUGGUUCUUUAGGUGUACCUAGAAAUUAACAUCUAAUUUGAUUAAGCAUUCUAAGGAACACAUAAGCUUGCUUGGGACUGUGUGAUAUUUAAGUCAUGAAAACAGCAAAAGAAAAUUCUAAACUAUUUUCUUUACAAGUAGAAAUAUAACAAUUAAACUUUGUUAAUUUUUAUAUAAAAAUUAUAGUGACUCACACCACUAAAUUGUGAUUUGCUAAUUGCUUUAUAUCACAGUAUUUGCCAAACAGUAUCUUGUGGCUUAUAUUACUUUUUUAUCCAGUUCAGGUGUGAGCUGCUUUUGAUCUAUCUGUUACAUGAAUGUUGACAGACCUCUAGUUGUAGUGGUGAUUUGGGCUGCUACAGCAUAAUGCUGCUUUAAUGUAAUUGAAAUUUAACUCUUUACAUAUCAUAGUGUUGAAUGUUGCCUUAAUCUUAUUUUGUUUUAGGGCUUUCUAUUAUUAAAUGUUUGGAAAUAAUCACCAGUGUUUCAUCAUGCAAACACAGCAAAUGCUGCGCAUGAGAUCAUUGUAGUUGUUUUUUAAAAAACUGGAAAUAACUAUGCAAACGUAUUUUAUUAAAAGGUCACACAGAAGAA